AUGCCAAACCAGGCAGACUGCAAAGAAAGCGGUCUGCGGAAGAACAACGGUGUAGUCUUAGAUACAAACUUGCUGGUUGUCCUGUCUUUUCCUUGGGGCUUCCAUGUUGUGAUACUUGAAAAGAAGCAAGAGCAGAAGAGUUCAUAUGGAUUUAUUUUGGAGCCCUUUGAAGAUGGCUAUGCAAAUGGUGAGGAAGGCACACCAGCUGGGGAAGCAGCUGCCACUUACACACCUGAUAGCAAAGGGGUGGUCAAAUUUGGCUGGAUAAAAGGCGUAUUGGUACGAUGUAUGUUAAAUAUUUGGGGUGUGAUGCUCUUCAUCAGACUAUCAUGGAUUGUAGGACAAGCUGGAAUAGGUCUGUCUGUCUUGGUUAUUGGAAUGGCCACUGUUGUGACAACUAUUACAGGACUGUCUACUUCAGCAAUAGCCACAAAUGGGUUUGUAAGAGGAGGAGGAGCAUAUUACUUAAUUUCCAGAAGUCUGGGGCCAGAGUUUGGUGGUGCCAUAGGAUUGAUUUUUGCAUUUGCUAAUGCUGUUGCAGUAGCAAUGUAUGUUGUUGGCUUUGCAGAGACAGUUGUGGAGUUGCUCAAGGAAAAUGGAACGUUGAUGGUUGAUGAAAUGAAUGAUAUCAGAAUCAUAGGGGCUAUCACAGUGGUUAUAUUGCUGGGUAUUUCCGUUGCUGGAAUGGAAUGGGAAGCAAAAGCACAGAUAGUCUUACUGGUGAUCCUCAUACUUGCUAUUGGAGACUUUGUCAUAGGAACAUUUAUUCCUUUGGAUAACAAGAAGCCUAAAGGUUUCUUUGGUUAUAAAGCUGAAAUAUUUAUGGAGAAUUUUGGACCAGAUUUCCGACAGGAGGAAACUUUCUUUUCUGUAUUUGCUAUUUUCUUCCCUGCUGCAACUGGCAUACUUGCUGGUGCAAAUAUCUCAGGUGAUCUUGCGGAUCCUCAGUCAGCCAUACCUAAAGGAACGCUGUUGGCCAUCUUCAUUACUACAUUGGUUUAUGUAGGAAUUGCAGUGUCUGUAGGUUCUUGUGUUGUUCGAGAUGCCACAGGGAACGUUAACAACACCAUUGUCACUGAGCUGACAAAUUGCACUGCUGCAGCUUGCAAAUUAAACUAUGAUUUCUCCUCCUGUCAGACAGGGUGUCAGUAUGGGCUGAUGAACAAUUUCCAGGUAUAA